AUGUCCUAUCCGCCCAGAGACAGCAGAGACGUCAGGGAUUACCCUCCCCCUGCAGCCAGGGAUGGCAGGGACUACCUCCCUCCUCCUCCACGCGGCGCUGGAGGACCUCCGCCAAGGGACAUGGACUACCCUCCCCCGCGGGACCGAGGUUACGGACCUCCUCCUCCCAGAAGGGAGCCUCCCAGGACUACGCUCUUUGUUGCUGGGUUCCCACCCGAGAUGAGGGCAGCUGACCUCGCCUAUUACUUUGAGCGAUUGGGCCCUUUGGUUCGAUGCGACAUUCCCGCCCUCAGGAGCAUGCAGAGCAAGCCUUAUGCCUUCAUCGAAUUUGAAGAUCCCAGGGAUGCAGCAGCAGCUCAUCAUGAGAUGCACGGCGUUCGCUUCGGUGGCAACGCUAUCACCAUCCAAUUCGCAAAGAACGCCCCCUCUUCGAACUGGCGAUUCGACGGACCAGGUCGAGAUGGCCCGCCUCCUCGCGGAGGACCCCCGCGCCGUCAGCGAUCUCCUUCGCCUCGUCGAGGUGCCCCUAGGGAUGGAGGCGAAGACCGAUACCGUGGUCGGGACGAGAGGGACAGGGACUACCGCCGUGGAGGUGACAGGGGUGGCCCGCCCCGAUCAGGCGGACGAGGAGGCUACGACCGUGGAGAGCGCGAACGUCGUCGUGAUGAGCCCCAGGGCAAGGAUGGCAGGGACGAAGCCGCCGCUCCUGCCGACAGGCGAGACAGUCGAGAGGAACAGACUGCGGGUGACAGGGCCGCCGCUACGGACUCUGCAGUCACCACUGCUGCUGACGACAGGGACGGAGAUGCACCAGCGCCAGUAAAGGAGGCAGAGGAGCCGCAGACGGAGAAUGCUCUCACACCUCCACCCGCCGUUGUCGAGGCGGAAGGCGAGGGCGAGAGGGACGCAGUCGAGGUCUGA